AUGGCGUCCACUUCGGUCAAUGUGCCGACCAACCAGAAGAUCAAGGAGAAGGACAUCAACACGAAGCUCCAGCUCUAUGGCAUCUACGCAGCAUUCGCACAAGGCAAAGUGCCUUCGAACAAGCAAAUCGAUGUGGCGAUGAACACCGCGCUCGAGUGGAAGGGCCUCAACACCCCGUCCAAGAAGCUCUCGCCUGAAGGCCAGCACCUGAUUGCCGAUCUCAAGGAUGUCAUCGAGAAGACCAAGGUCAUGCUUCUCACCAAGAACGACGGCAACCUGCUCCAGGACUUCAUCUGGCAGACCCAGGCCAUCGGCCACAACAACGUGCAGAAGCCUGGUCUCCCCAUCGAAAAGGACACCGCCAAGCAGCACGGCCAGGAGGCCGUCGAGGGCCUCCGCACCCUCGGCACUCUUCUCAUCACCAAUGGCCAGUUCCGCAAGCUUCUCAGCGAUGCCUCUGUGCUGCUCCGCGAUAUGGCCGGCGACGCUGCCCAGAAGGCUGCGAAUAAUGUUAACCCCUCCGACGACCAGCUCUCGCAGAUCGACCGCCCAGCCGAGGACAACACCUGGCACGAGAAGCCUGACUUCCAGCAGAUGAAGGCCGAUGCCCAGAACCGGAUGCCCGUCGGCAAGAAGGACGUCAAGGAUGCCGCGGCGAGCGCUGGAGGUGACGCUGCUCAGCAGUCCAACCCACAGGGCUCGCGCGACCCCACCGACACUGCCGCCAUGACUGCUCGGGAGAAGCAGGAUGGCGCUGCCACCGGCGUCGACCCGAAGACCGGUGCGAAGACCGGCGCGCAGAACUUCAAGAACAACAUGUCCAGCCGCUUCGACGACGAGCAGAAGGAGAAGAUGCGUGCGUACCGUGAGCGUACCAACAACUAUUUCAAGAAUAAGAUGCCCAAGGAUCGCCGCGAGCAGACCAUCUUUCGCCUUAAGAAGAUGGUGGUCGAGAUUCAGAACCACUCCGACUACCAGCAAGCCAUUGACACUCUUCUCCGUCUCGCCGAGGAGUACAGUGGCCAUGGCAAGACCCUAGCCAAGGACGGCUCCUCCACCGCCAAAGGUGCCCAUGACCAGGAUUCCCUCAAGAAUGCAGAGACUGACCUGAGGGAACUGCUUGAGCGCUUCGCCAACAGCACCUCCUUCGAUGACCUCUUCGACUCGAUCAACCAGAUCUACGAAGAUGCCAACCGCGAUCCCGAGUUGAAGAACUGGUUCAAGCAGAUGGACCGCUACAUCCGCCGCUGCCUCCAGGAGCAGGGCUACAUCCUCGAGGAUGCCUCCAACGAGGAAUGGAACCGUCUGUACGACCAGGGCCACUUCUUGCUGCGUGAGCGCUACAGGAACCACACCGACCGCAUCCUCGAUGAGUUCAAGUUCAUCGGCCACCAGUUCGACGAGGACAAGGAGAACCAGGCCUUCGCCCGCUCCGUGGAGAAGUUGUUCCAGGAUCUGGGCAACGACCAGGAUGGCAAGCCGAGCUUCAAGCCUCACUUGAUCAAGGACUUGACCGAGGUGCUCCUGCCGGCGUUCUUCGAGAACAUCCGUUACGUCCCCAUCCCACGCAUCGAGUACUCCGACAACAUGGUCGACGCUGUUGUCGAGAACCUCUGCAUCGAGGGUGACAAUCUCGCACCCAACAUGAUGGAGUUCGGCAGCGACAACUACUGGAAGUGGGGACGCAAGGGUAACCAUAGCAAGAACAAGAACAAGGUCAUGCUGUCCGUGUCCGGCGUCCAGAUGGACCUGCGCGACGUCGCCUUCUACGUCAAGAAGAAGGAGGGCUUCCCAAGCAUCACCGACAAGGGUGUCAUGGACAUCUUCCUUGGCGGCACCGGCCUGAGCUUCAAGGUGGGCAUGGAGACUGCCGACCAGUCUGACAGGUCGCACUUCUUCAAGAUCAACUCGGUCACCGUCGACAUCAAAAACAUGGACAUCAAGAUGAAGCAGUCCAACCACAAGAUCCUGUUCGGCCUGUUCAAGCCGCUCAUGUUCAAGGUUAUUCGCCCGGUCAUCCAGAAGGUGGUCGAGAAGCAGAUCCGCGACCAGUUCUCCACCAUGGACGCCUUCCUCUUCCGUGUCAAGCAGGAGUCUGACCGUGCCCAAGAGUCGGCCAAGGCUACCAACGACCCAGAGCAGAAGGCGAACAUCUACCAGCGUUACUUCAACGCCUGGCAGAAGGAGAUCCAGAAGUCCAAGGACCAGAAGGAGUCCCAGGCGAAGGAGAGUGCAGCCGACAAGAAGGUCAACGUCGCAAUCACCCAGCAAGAUUCGAUCUUCAAGAACAUUUCGCUGCCAGGUGGCAUCUCUACCAAGGCGACCGAGUACAAGCAGCUUGCCGACAAGGGCGACAAGUGGGAGUCCCCCGUCUUCAGCAUCGGCUCGUCCAGGGAGUCUUCUGGCCUUGUCCCCUCCAGGCCGCAGCGCAAGCCUCACAAUGUCACCGAGGGCGGCGUCAAGGACCCCAGCAACGGCAGCACCGGUCAGCAAGGCUACGGCCAGCAAGGGUACGGCGGCCAGCAGGGGUAUGGCGGCCAGCAAGGGUACGGCGGCCAGCAGGGCUACAGCUACCAAUAG